UCCCUUCGUCUCAAAGCCAGAAUUGAAGGGAGUCGCAUGGAAGAAUGUUUCAAGCAGAGCCGCGAAGCGUUCGCUCGUAACGAGCGAGGGCUCGCUAAACAGCUUUCCCUGAGGGGUGAGGCGUGCAAAGCCAACAUGGUGCGCUUAGAUAAGGAAGCCAGCACGAAGAUAUUUCAAGGUAUGAGACUGAUGGACGGAGUGUCGAACACGAUUGAUCUCCACGGACUCUUUGUCUCAGAAGCCAAGGUGUACUUUGACGACGCUGUUCAAGGGGUUCGGGACCGUGGAGAAUCGUUACUUCAUGUGAUCGUAGGAAAGGGGAAUCACUCCGAAAAUAACAUCGCCAAGAUCAAACCUGCAAUCCAAGAAUAUGGGCAAAGUUUGGGUCUGGGCGUUGAAGUGGAUCCUCUCAAUAAUGGCUGCCUUGUAGUGAGUCUUAGUCCCAGCUAA